GCUGCCCGGCGGGCGGGAGGGAUCUGCGGCGCCCGCCACGGGGCUGACGCCGGACUGAGCCGGUGGCUGCGCGCGGACCGGGCGCGAGUGGCGCUGGCAACGGCCGUGGGGCUCCGGGAGGCCCUCGGAGCUGCGCCGCGCACGGACUCCGCGCCUCUCGUUCUCCCGCUCUCCCCCCGCCCUGCAUCCUCCCUCCCUCCUCCUCCCGCCGUCCCCGCCCCCCAGCCCCUUUGUGCCGCCGCGGCUGCAGAAGACUCCGGAGCCGCCCGGGAGCUCCCUGGCCCGGCCCAGUCCGAUCGGGCCGGGGGAGACGGAGGCAGCGCCUGAGAGCCUGGCGCGUCCGCCCCGUCCGGGGGGCCGAUGGCAAGGGGCCGCGGCGCUGGCUGGGGCGCCGCCGCCCGUCCCUCUGGAGGCCCCGCCCGCCUGCGCCGCAUUGUCCCGGGCCCGGAGCCCCGGGCCCUGAGCUAGGAGGUACGCCGCAGCCCCCGUCCGCCCCGGACGGGCCCAUGAGGAGGGCCGGAGGCAUGGAGGACUACUCCGGGGAGGACGAGGAGUCCUGGUACGACCAGCAGGACCUGGAGCACGACCUACACUUGGCAGCAGAGCUGGGAAAGACACUGUUAGAGCGGAACAAAGAGCUGGAGGAGUCCUUGCAGCAGAUGUACUCCACCAAUGAGGAACAAGUGCAGGAGAUUGAAUACCUGACAAAGCAACUGGACACAUUGCGACAAGUGAAUGAGCAACACGCCAAGGUGUAUGAGCAGCUGGAUGUGACCGCUCAAGACCUGGAGCUGUCCAACCAGAAGCUGGUACUAGAGAGUAAGGCUGCCCAGCAGAAGAUCCAGAGCCUGACAGAAACCAUAGAGAGUCUUCAGACCCAGGUAGAAGAGCUUCAGGGACAGGUGGAAGAGCUUAGGAGCUUGGAGCAGUUACGGGUCCGAAGAGAGAAGCGAGAGAGACGAAGGACCAUCCACACCUUCCCUUGCCUUAAGGAAUUAUGUUCCAGCCCUCGGUAUGAGGAUGCCUUCCGCUUGCAUAGUUCCUCGAUGGAUCUGAGCCCAAAGCCCUUGGAACGGGAGAACGAACAGCUGCAGGCCAUUGUGAGUUCCCUGCGUUCCCAGGUGAACCAGGAGAAGCAACGGAAGGAACGGGCGGAGCGGGAGUACACUUCUGUGAUCCAGGAGUACUCGGAGCUGGAGCGGCGAGUGUGUGAGAUGGAGGGCUGCAAACUCCGGGUGCAGGAGCUGGAGGCGGAGGUGCUGGAGCUGCAGCAGAUGAAGCAGGUAAAGACCUAUCUGCUGAGCCGGGAGGACAACCUGUCAGAGGCCUUGCUGGAACCUCUCAACAACGCCCCUGAGGCAGACGAUCCUGAGCUCGGGGGGGAUGGGACCGUAGGUAAGGAUGGGGUCCCAUCCCCAGCAGCUUCCCCGGGCCACUCGGUGCGCAAGAGCUGCAGCGACACAGCCCUCAAUGCCAUCAUGGCCAAAGACCUGGCCAGCCGCCACAUGGGCAACUACAUCCUCCAUGCCAACAGCGUGCGCAAGCGGGGCAUGUCCAUCCUGAGGGAGGUGGACGAACAGUACCACGCCCUGCUGGAGAAGUACGAGGAGCUGCUGAGCAAGUGCCGGCAGCACAAAGACGGGGUGCGACACACCGGGGUGCAGACCUCCCGCCCCAUCUCCCGAGACAGCUCCUGCCGCGACUUCCGGGCCGGGGACGAGAGUCUGGGGGAAGACUGGGGAGGGGGGAAGCAGGGCGAGAAGAGCCUCAUUCAUCACGUGGAGGCCGUGGACAAGCGGCUGGAGCAGAGCCAGCCUGAAUACAAGGCCCUCUUCAAGGAGAUUUUUUCCCGGAUCCAGAAGACCAAGGCAGACAUAAAUGCCACCAAGGUCAAGACCCACAGUAGCAAAUGAGCCCUGCCUGCUUCCCCAACCCCCCAUUCUUGCCCCAAUCCUCCUCUUCUCCCCUCCCCCCGGGAAACAAGGUACUCCCACCUCCUUUCUCUAGCUUUCUGUAAAUGGGAGCCCUUCCUGAUGGGAGUUGGGUGUGAUGCUGUCACCCCAAGUUGGAAGGGCUCUCAACAAGGGUUGGGAGGGGGGAGGGAGAAACCUCAAGAGGACACAGUAGUUGAUGAUGAUUCGAGACAGCUAAGGAAUAGCCCUCCCUCAUCCCUGGGGUGGGGAAGGGGGAGUAUGGGUACCCCUGGGAAACAAGAGGUAGGAAGACAAACUGAUCCCCUUUCCCAGGAGCUCCCAGUCACACAAAGGUGGUAGCCUGAUGAAGCAUCCCAGAGUUUAUAAGCCAGACAUCCCUCUUCUCUCCCCAACCCUCUGGCUUCCAGGUCAUAUGGCUAGUUCUCAGACAUAUGGCCAACUUUCUUUUCAAAGCCAUUCUGGAUCUGGGAAUUUUUUUUCUUCUUAUGCUAGCUUCUCCCCUCAAGACUGGAUGCACUUGAAGUGAGACCACCCAGAGCUGCCUUCUGCAGUCCUGGCUGGUUUCCUGGACCCAUACCCAGCACCCCAGCUGGGAGUGCCACCCCCAACCCAGGUUUUUCAUCACUCCAUUUUAGCAGCAGCCAUUUAGCCCAGGACAUCUGACAGGUUGGGGACAGACAGCCCCGCUCUAGGCAGAAAAAAGCCCCCUCUGAGAGAAGAGAGGGCCUCUGCUGUCAGCCCAGACUUGGGAGCCAGGUGUCUGUGUCCCCUGGAAUGUCCUGGCUACCCCUCAGGAGCCAGCCCAGCACCAUGUCUGUAGCAAGUGAACUCUGGGGAGGAGGAGGAGAGACCCUCACCCAGCUGUGAAGGAGCUUAAACUCCUGUUCUUACUGUUCUCCAGCCUUCCCAGAAAAUGCCUCUGACUGUGUUUGUUCUUUCAGGGGCUAGGGUUGAGGGGACUCUCACCUUGAGGGGACACCCCUCAUGGCAUUUGGGAUCCCCUGACUAGCAUUGUAGCAGAACCACUCCUUUCUCACUCAUGCUUGUGGUUUCUUACCUUCCCAACCCCAGAAUUCACUAUCUCUGCCCCUAUCUCAGGGACCACGAUAUCUCAUUCACAUACUCCAUCCAGUGCCCAUUCCUGGGUAUAUACAACCAGCAUGUUACUCGAGCUUCAGCUUCUAGCCUGUCACUCCUGGGGCCAGCCUGACAGACUGCCCCCCCCCCACCCCACCCCUAUACAGUAUUCUCCAACCAGUGAGAAAGAGAACAUAGCUUGCCUCCUGAAAAAUUCCUAAUUUUCAUCAAGAUGGCUCAGCCUCCUCUCUUAUCUUCCUCUGCCACUUGAUUUGGGAGUGUGGGGGGGGAAGGCUUCAACUCUUCUGGGGUUAAUUCUUCCUGACUUUAUAGUUCAGUCUAAAUAAGGUCCAGGAAUUCACAGCCCUGCUUCCAAGACACCAAAUUCCGAUUCUCAAUCCUGUCUGCAGCCCCAUAAACGUUAGCAGUCAUGGAGCCUAUUGGAGGAAGAGAGUUGCCUGGCUGCAAUCCUGGGAGCCCCCAUGCCUUAUUUAUUUAUAAGCAGAAAAGCAAUUUUCUUAUGCAUUCCUGAAGGCACCCAAUCUAUUCAUGAGGCAUCACUGUGAUGGAAGCUCUGGUCUUUUUUAUUCCCUUGGUUUUGAAUCUUCAUCCUGUGGGGCAGGAGAAACUCUCCGGUCAUUUGUGCGUCUCUUCUGGCGGGGUAAGGGUAAAAGUGGGAAGGAAGAACUCCAUCCUGUCCAGACUCCAGCACACUAGCAUCCUACCAGCUUCACCUUUGAAGUGUACAUGAGAGAAAUAUAUUUACAAAUGCUUUAUUCUCUUCUUAAAUUAAAAAAAUGCAUCAGUAUUCUGAAAGCAGAAGUUGCCUUCAAAGAUAUGGAUCCUGUCUGAUUCUGUACCAUUCACACACACAUACAUACAACCUUCUGUUUUAUUAAAGAACUUUAUAGCUCA